AUGUCGAUCUUGCUGAGCGCAUCGACGUGCACAGUGGAGUCGGAGCAGGGCGAGCACUUGUUCAAGAUACUCGAUCACAGCCUUCACAGGGGCAUGGGCGUCGGCCACUACAUCCAGUCGUCAUGCUUCACUGUUGGCGGCCAUGAGUGGUGCAUCCGCUAUUACCCGGACGGACGUGACGGACCUACGGAAGAUAACAAGGACGCCAUAACACUCGUUCUGGAGCUGGUCGAAAUGGACCCGAACGAAGAACGGGCGCGGGUAUCCUGCACAAUCAGCAUCUUCGACUGGAGGACCAAGCGGUUCUCUUCGUUGGUGGCCUUCACGGAGAAAUUUUCCAAUGCAGACUGCCUUGUCACGCGCACCAUAGACAGGGCCACGGUGGAAGCAUCGGACUAUGUUGUUGACGAUCGUCUCACUCUCAAAUGCGCCAUGACCGUCAUCAAGGAGCCGUAUGUUUUGGAGGACCAUAUCGAGGUGCCACCGUCCGACAUCACGGAGCAACUCGGGAAGCUGCUAGAUGCAAAGGAGGGCGCAGAUGUGACGUUCGAGGUCCAAGGAGAGGAACUCCCCGCCCACAAGCUCGUGCUAGCGAUGCGGUCGCCGGUUUUCAAGGCUCUGCUCUACGGGCCGAUGAAGGAGAAGGACUCAAACCGGGUCAUCAUUGAUGAUAUGCAGCCUGCCAUCUUCAAGGUUUUGCUCCACUUCAUCUAUACCGAUUCGUUACCUCCCAAGAUGGACGACGACUUGGAGGGAGACGAUAAGAAAGAGGUGACACGACACCUGCUUGUGGCUGCGGAUCGUUAUGCCAUGGAAAGGCUGAAGCUUAUGUGCGAAAACAUCCUUUGCAAAGACCUCGAUGCUGAGUCUGUUGCAACUGUAUUGGCUUUAGCCGAUCAGCAUAGUUGUUCCGGACUAAAAGAUGCUUGCAUUCGAUUUAUUGCUUCUUGUACUAAAAUAGAUGAUGUGGUGGCAAGCAGAGGGUACAUUCAGCUGAAGAGAUCUUGUCCGGAUAGUGUAAUGGAAAUGUGGGAAACAGCAUGUAAACUCCGCAAAAUCUAG